AUGUGGCGCUUCUUCAGGCCACGCGCCAGCACUCUCGCUGCUCGGGCGCUCGCCCCGAAGGUCCAAGGCCAACAGACCAUCGUCGUCCAGAGGGUGAAGGUUACAAAGUCUCGAUUCAGGGCCAGGUCAUUCUUUCUCGGCGCAGGCAUCUCGCUCGCCUGUUGGCAAAUGUACUGGUCGACCGUCCUCAACCCGUUCUUCCGACAUGUCGACCGCGAAUACGAGAGUCUUUCGGCCGCUGAAAAGAAGGCGCUAGAUGAGGAGAUGGAUGAGGAGACCGAGCCAUGGUUUAUUCCCUUCCCGUUUACUACGAAACAAGUCAGCCAGCCGCCGUACAAGGGCACCGACCCGGAGUGGCGACAAUACGUGAGGGUCAGCAAGGAUAAGGAGCUGCAAAACCACAUACGGACUGACCUGGCCCACUGGGUGCGAAGCGCUGUUGAGAGGCACCCUACCUUGACGGCAAGGUGUGGCAAUGUGGUGAACCUGCGGAGAUAUUGGCUGGACAUAGAUUUUCCAUACCGUCCGCCCCCAGUAUACUACUCUUCUGGUUUGCUGAUGCAGGAUGAUGGACUUUACUGGUCAACUCAACCGGUCGACUCUUUAACAGUGAACAGGCUGCGCAAGAUUCUCUGGCCAGAAGCCAUGACACUCUCGACAUGGGCCUUCACGUCGGCUCUGGUGAAGCAGCACUUCGAGGGCAUCUCUCGAGCGCUCGGUUUCGAGCCUAGCAAGCCGAUGUCGCCGUUCCCGUCAUUACCCGGCGGCAAUGUGCAGCAGGCCAAAUCUGAAGGGCCGCUGCCCUCAGCUAACAGACAGACCCCGGACGGAACUCCUGCAGAGAACGCCUCCCACGAUGUCAGUAAGACUUCUGACUCACGACAAUCUGGAGAACCCGAGAGCGGCGGCAGGACCAACUUCGUCAGGGAUACAGCCAUGUCUCACAUCGAAGGCAUGAAGCAGAUCACUGAUGGCCCUGCCCGCGAGUUCAGAAAGAAACUGGCACAGUCAUGGAAGCCUACCCGAUCUUAUCCUCCGCGAGGCUGCAUCCUGGUGUCCGGCUUUGUCGAGAUCGAGCUGCCCAGGGGCUUCGUCGUUAUUGACGUUUGGGGCCACUGGAAUCCCAAAACGGAAAAGUUCGAACCCAGAUCGACCUACAUGAUACUCAGAAGAAUACAAAUGAAGCAACAAGCCCCCGCUCGGGGCUGA